CCGGGGCGGAGCCGGAGAUGCUCCGCCCGCCGCAGAGCGGGGCUCCAGCGUCCCGACGGUGCGCGGCUGCCGGACCGGGCUAGCUGGCGGGCGGAGCCGGGCCCGCGGGGCUGCCGCGGGGCGAUCGGGCCGGGCUGCGGGCGGCGCCAUGGGCCCUUGCGUCCAGCCUGAGUUCCAGCCUCGCUGAGCUGACCGCCCUGCGAGCUUCCUCCCGCGGAAGCGUCCCCAGGCGCUGACCAUGUCUAUUAUGGACCACAGCCCCACCACGGGCGUGGUCACGGUCAUCGUCAUCCUCAUCGCCAUCGCGGCCCUGGGGGCCUUGAUCCUGGGCUGCUGGUGCUACCUGCGGCUGCAGCGCAUCAGCCAGUCGGAAGACGAGGAGAGCAUCGUGGGGGAUGGCGAGACCAAGGAGCCCUUCCUGCUGGUGCAGUACUCCGCCAAGGGACCGUGCGUGGAGAGGAAGGCCAAGCUGACCCCCAGCGGCCCAGAAGUCCACGGCUGAGCCGGGAUGCCGAGGCCCCCAGGCCCGCUUGCAGCCGGUGCGGAGGCGCGGGC